UAUCAAUAUCUCAGCAACGAUACAACUUUUUGAUUUGCGCCUUUUACCAAAAUUCCUUAAAAUGUUUGGUCUACAAAAGUCCCCUACUUUGGAAAAGUUACGAGAAUAUGGAUUGAAGAACGUCGGUCGUGGCUUACGUGCAAUGGCUCUUAAGCAGUGUUGCUAAUGUUAAAUAGGCAACACUGAUGAGUUUGAGGCUUCAAGAUCUAGUAUCACUACUCCAUUACUUUGCGGCAGAUUCUAACACUUUUCUUUCCUGUCAUGCAAUGACGAGAAUAGUCGUUUCUCAUUUUGUUAUUUAUGGCCGCGGUAGUGUCAGCUAUAGAAUGUAUAGCCGAUCCAUCUCUUUCAUAUUUUUAGUAAGAUUGUUUUUCUUUCUGUCUAGACUUAGCUGUUUCAAGUUUUCCUUUUACUGUAUUGUUGUCGAAUUUGUUUUGAAUUGCACUUAAAUUGGAUGGUAUUUAUUAUUAUUCUCCUACUAUUUCCGUCGUAUCAACAGAAUUGCACUUAAUUGCAAUUAAAUAACCUCAUGUUAGAUAUCUUCAUUUAUUCUGUGUAUUGAACAUAAAAAAAGGGUUUUCUUGCCGACUGACGUUUGUUUCCAACUGGAAUACACAAGCAAUGGAUCGGGAGCCUUUUAGAACAUCGUUUCAGAACGAAAAUCUUUCAUUAUCAAAGGAAAAAGCAAUUCAUCUAUUGAAAACUCGUUGCACAUUAGCAUUUUUGUUGACUUUUGUGUCAGUUUGUAUGCCCCAGUCCUACGAGACAUUAGAGCUCCUAGAGUGCGCGGCCGGGCUUUUCCUCCUUCAUCUUUCUUCUUUUCAGUAGGGAAAGAAAGGUUAUUUCGGUUACACUCAGUCCAGAACUUAGUACUUCCGAACAACUCAAAGGAAUCGCGUAGGCUUUGGUCUCAGCUCGAAACUGGAGAGAAAUAUGUUAGCCAGUGACUUUUUUGUCUAUGCAAUUUAGGAAGAAGGGUCAUCUCUAGUUGAUCUGAGCCAUUUUAGAUGCGUCUCAGUCCGCGGUAGAGUAAAUUUUGAGAACUUUGCUAAUUUUUCAAGCGGUUUCAAGGUUUCAAUGCUAUUUAUAUAGACAACUGCUCUAAAUUUGUUAGUAUACAAUUGAAUUGCCUUACAAUUAUCUAAGGACGAUGAAGGAAUUGAUUUAUGUUGUGGUGAUGGACGAUUUACACAUUAUUUAUCUCAAAAAGUGAAAAAUAUAAUUGGAAUUGAUUUUGAUGAUAAAAUGAUACAAUUUGCAAAUGAACAUUAUUCAAAUGAUAAUUGUGAAUUUCAAAUAUAUGAUAUUAGAUUAUUACCGGAAAAGUUUUAUGAUCAAUUUAAUAUUGUUCUAUGUAUGUUUGGUUUGCAUUGGGUAGAAGAACAAGAACAGGUAUUACGACAAAUUAAAUUAAUUGCAAAAUCGUCAGCAAAGAUUUUAAUAUCAUUUAGUCGACGAAACGAAGGUUUUUAUUCUGCAAUUGAGCAAACAAUGAACAAUCCAAAAGAGCUCAUUCAUCUAAAACCUCCGAUUACGAGAAAUGUGCGGGAGGGAAUUGGACAAAAUAAAACAGAGUGGUAG